GAGUUUCGAGUAAUUCCGACCGAUUUGAAGCACGAUCGAUGAAACUCUCUCCCUUCACUGCGCGGUUUUCAUAAGAUUCGUGUCAGCAGCCAUCAACUUGGAAAUCCGGAAUUUUAUUGCAAUGCCUAUGCGAAGGCGAAAUCCCGGAUUGUGGAGCUUUUGAAAAUCUCCCCUCAAAAGCAUCUUACAAUUUUGAGCAAUUCUGUUUACACUGCUCAAAUCUAGGCUGUGUUUCUAAGCUGGAGGGAAUUUUUGUUUUAUUAUCGUUUUGCUUUGUGCGACUGAAAGUUCAAUUCUCGGAGAAUGAAAUUCGCAAGGGUAGCUUCUGACAUUUCCAAUCCCACAGGCUAGAGAAUUCCCCUGAAUCAGUUGGAAAAGAGUAGAACUCAAUGGCGAUGCGCAGAGAUUGGUUUCUGGCAUUGUUUUUCGCUUAUGCGGUUGUUUCGGAGGUAACCCAUGCCUCGCUUUGGGACUCAAGAAAGUUGUUAGACCCGGCUCCAAAAGAUAACACCACGACAACGUCGGCAGUUUCCCCAGUGAUCAAUCCGGCUUCUUCAGUGAAUAACUCGGAUUCUGUGCCCGUUAACGGAAAGAAGCAUACUGAGCCGCCGCCACCAGCUCUUAACAACUCGUUGUCCAAUGUGGAUUCGAAAGUACUCAGUAAUUCGAGUUCUGGUAGUCCACCACCUACUGUAAGCGAGACUGGUAACGGAAAGCCUUUUGUCACAAAGAAGAAUAACGAUACUGAAGCCGGUCCUCAAUCAAGUAAUCGUGAAAAUUGUGAUGGGAUAGCAGACAAGAAGAAGUGCAGGGACCAGAAGAAGUUGGUUGCUUGUAUCAAAAGUAAUCUUAUUGAGUCCAGAGAUUUGGCUGUUCUAGUCCUGAAUAAAGGAGAAGAUACAUUGGAAGUGAAUGUGACCGGAAGAAACUUUUUCAAGGGGCUUAAGAUUUUAAAAUAUCAUGCGGAAAGGGUAAGAACUUAUAAUUUCAAACUGCUGAAAGCAAAUUAUCUACAUUUUAAUGGUUUAGUUCUGUUCACGUAUCAAAUUUUUGUGCUAGUUCUUUCUUGUCUGGGUGGUUGAGUUCAUUGCUUUCAUUGUGCAUAUGACCUGUGAAAAUAUUAAGACAGUUCCCAUUCUAUUUUAGUUCCAGUUAUUUUUCCAUUCACUGCAGUCCUUUAAAAAUCUUACUCUUGUUUUUUUGACUUGUUUGCAUCUGCCAGGA